GUCAUUUUUUUUAAUAUUUGUUAUUCUCUCUUCUCUUUUCCUUUCUUUUUCUCUUUCUUUUUCUUUUUUCUCUUUCUCUUUAGUUUCCUAAUUUCUAAUUUCCUAAUUUCCUAAUUUUCUAAUCUCUCAAUGGACGUAUAUUCUCUUACAAAGAAACAGAGGCCCACGCAUCUGACAAGAGCACAAGUUGAUAAGCCCGCUACAAUGGCUCCUUCGGCCCAACAACCACAACAACAACAACAACAACAACAACAACAACAGAAACAGCAACAUUCACAGUUGCCACCAGAAUAUCGACAAGCACUUUUAGAGCAACAACAACAGCAACAGACUGUUUUGGGUGCACCUCCGACUAUGCAGGAUAUUGCGAAUAAACACUCCCAAUUGCCACCACAGUAUCGACAAGCAGUUUUGGAACAGCAACAAAAAGAACAUCAACAGCGUAUGCUUCAACAACAACAGAAGCAGCAAUCGCCAUCACAAUCUCCGAGGGUUGAUGCACAAAGUCAUUCUGUGAAUGGAGUCAAAGGAACGAAUGGCACAGUCCACAACAAGGGUGCGACAGAGAAUUCGUCUCCACAAAAGAACUUUUCAGGACCCUUGACCAGCUCUUAUCGAUCGGAACGUAGUAAUAGUUUCUACGGUACGACUUCAGGACCAAGUCGAGCUCAUUGGAAGCCCGAUAGCAGUACUCAGGUCUGCACUUGGCCUGGAUGUCACCUGGAGUUUGGCUUCUUUGACCGAAGACACCAUUGUCGCAAGUGUGGCGAUAUCUUUUGCAGUGCUCAUUGCUCAAAGUCAGUUCCACUGGAUUAUGCAUUGGAUUUCAAUCCAGCGAUGGGCGUCAUGAGUAGAGCUUGCAUAGGCUGUUUCGAAGCUUAUGAGCAAUGGCAAGGCCUCAUCCCUUCUUCUCCCUCAUCUGGUGGUUUUGCCAACACAGCCCGAGGCAUCUUUGGUUUAACUUUUGAUAAUAUAGGGGAGUAUCCUAAAAACGGAGCAACUUCCACCACUACUACCACCACCACUACUACUACAACUAAUAAUGCUACGACGGCAACAGGAGGAAACAACACCAAUGGGAAGAAGGGUCCAAACACAGAUGCUACUCUAGGCGAAACCAUGGGUCGAGAUGACAUUGUGCGUCUCCCUAAAUCAGCCUCGGAAAAUAUUGCGAUCAAGACUCGGCCAGUUCAAGAUACAAGUGUAAUGCCUAUGCCUUCGGUUCCACAUGAUUGGUCCUGGAGUACUUUUUAA